UUCAAGAAGACAGCUAACGCUUACUUCAGUUACUGACGACACGGAUCGACAGUCACCUCACCUUCGAUUGUUUAUUUCUACCUUUCUGAUCACCAUAAUGGCUUCAACUCAAAAAUGCCAAGGAAAAGAAAGUCCUGCUCCUGGACCAGUGCCGAAUGGUGUUAUUCGGCUCUACAGCAUGAGAUUCUGCCCUUUUGCUCAGAGAACAAGACUGGUGCUCACUGCUAAGGGAGUUAAGCAUGAGAUUAUCAACAUCAAUUUGAAGGAUAAGCCAGAUUGGUUUCUGGGGAAGAAUCCUUCUGGGACAGUACCAGUAUUGGAAACCUCAAGUGGUCAGGUGGUAUACGAGUCACCAAUCACCUGUGAGUACCUGGAUGAGGUCUACCCUGAGAAGAAACUGUGUCCAUGCGACCCGUUUGAGAGGGCCCAACAGAAAAUGCUGCUGGAUGUUUAUUCAAAGGUGAUUCCAUACUUCUAUAAGAUCUCUAUGGGCAAGAAAAGGGGAGAGGACGUCACAGCAUCUGAAGUUGAAUUUACAGAAAAACUCUCCCUAUUAAAUGGGACUCUGGUGAAAAAGAAGACCAAAUAUUUUGGGGGCGAUUCAGUCACAAUGAUUGACUACUUGAUCUGGCCAUGGUUUGAGAGGGCGGAGAUGAUGAGCCUGAAACAUUGUUUGGCCAACACUCCUGUGUUAAGUAAGUGGAUUGAACGCAUGUUUGAGGAUCCAGUUGUGAAAGCCACCAUGUUCAGCACAGAGGAUCACAAGGUGUUCUUCGACAGCUACAUGGAUGGAAACCCUAAUUAUGAUCAUGGUUUAUAGAGUAAAACGGGAAGAUAUUUGUCCAUCUGUGUGUGGAAUUUUUAUCAUUGCUCUAUUUCUAGCAAUUUAAAGCAAAUUGUACUUUUUAAAAUGGGUAUAUUAACAAGUUUGUCAUUUAUACAUGAAUAUAAAUAAACCAAAUGUAUGAAA